GCCACCUCAGGGAGGGCCCGGGCCCCUCAGGAGCGGCAUCUGUCUCCUGCAGCCUCAGCGGCCGUGCGGAGGGCAGGCCCUCCUGGGCCCCGACCACCCCAGCAUCAUGAUGGGGAAACUUCCCCUGGGGGUUGUCUCCCCUAAUGUGAAGAUGAGUUCGGGGGGCUGCACGGACCCCUUGAAAUUCUACGCCACCAGCUACUGCACAGCCUAUGGCCGGGAGGAGUUCAAGCCCCGCAUGGGCAAUCACAUAGGCACAGGCUACAAAUCAAAUUACCGGCCUGUGGUCUCCUACCAAGCCAGUCUUGACGCCCUGGACAACCCAGCCAUGGGGGAACAAGUCCAGGACAAUUUCCAGACAGUGACCAAUCAGAGUUACCGCCCACUGGAGGUGCCCGAUGGCACGUGCCCGCUGCCCUGGAGCCUGCAUCGGACCGGCUCCGGCUACACACGGGAGAAGCCCAAUGUGGGACCCCUCACCAAGGAGGUCAGGAGGGUCCAUUUUGACACCCGGGAGUACGGAGCCGAGGGCAUCACGGGAUUGGAGCCCAAGGACGUGCCCCUGCUCCACCAGCAGCAGGACAAGGGCUCCCUGGAGUGGGAGAACGCCCGGCACGGCCCGCACUUCAUGACUUCCGAGUACAAUUCCAAGUAUCUCAACGAGCCAUCAAACCAGCCGGAUCUCCUGCAGAAGAAAUCAAUCGGUGCCAAGGAGGGGACGGGCUUUACCGAAGAGUCCACCAAGAACCCCAUUGUCUCCCAGCCGCCCUCCCAGGCCCUCCCGGGGGACCCUACCCUUCUCCCUGGCAGGAGUGUCACCAAGUCGGAUUUCCUCCCAAUGACCCACCCUCAUGGAGAUGAGCUCCUGCCUGUACUGGCCCGAGGCUCCAAGCGGGAGACCAGCUUCAGCCGGGUGCAUGAAAGGACCCUGAACCCCAGGGCACCCCCUCCCUGCCCAGAACCCGGCAGCAUGAACCACUGGCAAUUCCAGGCACCCCAGCGGGUGCAGCAGACGAAUGUGGCCCUGCUUGGCCGGGAGACUGUGGGGAACAAGGAGCCCACAGGGUUCAGCCUUAACAACCCCAGCUACGUCCGGAGCCCCUAUGACCCUGACGUGAAUAACCGGUACCUGACCACCUACAACCAAAGUUACUUCGAGAACAUCCCCAAGGGCCUAGACCGGGAAGGCUGGACUCGAGGCGGCAUCCAGCCCCAGAAGCCGGGAGGCUACGCCCUCAACCAGCCGGUCACCCGCAUGGAGCCCACCCCCAACCCCACGGACAGCCUGCGGCGCCUGCACCCCCACGUGGGAAGAACCCUGACCUCAGCCGACCCCUUCUACCGAGACACGCCCCACAGCAACCGCUUCAAUGCGCCCAGCUGAGCCUGAGGCCUGGAUUUUCCAAUCCAACCGGACUGGAGCCGGGCUACUGUCCUCCACCCCACCCCCACGGAACCCCUCAGCUAUCUUCCUAAUGAAAUAAAAAGCAGCAA